AUGAUCAGGGGAGAACGCGGGGAGAACAUCUGACCAAUCAGGAGCGCCCUGUGUCUGUCUAUGUGACACACUGGGAGCUAUAUUACAGAGUGAUUAUUAUACAUCUUAUUAUAGGGACUCCCAUUCAUCCCUACAAUCUAUACACAGACUUCAUUUUAUUUACCAUCAAAUAGUAUUUAUCACCCAGGACACAGCUUUCAAAGUGAAAGAUGCCAGUUUUAAGGACGUUGACACGAACCGUUAAGCCUAUCCUGCAGGGUCCUGUCUGUGGGUGCCAGACCUUGGUUACACAGGCUCGUUUCAUUGGUUUCUCACCACGCCAAGUGCCAUCCGAUGCCAGUUUUCACUCUGUGUCUUUCUCAGAGACUGACCACCCACGCGUGCUCAUCACAGGAGGACUGGGUCAGCUGGGAGUUGGACUCGCAAAGCUAUUGAGGAAACAAUACGGAAAAAACAAUGUGAUCUUGUCUGAUAUUCGUAAACCUCCAGACAGUGUCUUCUAUAGCGGGCCAUUUAUUUAUUCUGAUAUUUUGGACUACAAGAAUCUCCGUGAAAUAGUGGUGAACAAUCGCAUAAACUGGUUAAUCCAUUACAGUGCUUUGUUAAGUGCUGUCGGUGAGGCAAACGUUCCUUUGGCAAGAGCGGUCAACAUCACCGGUCUCCAUAAUAUCCUGGACAUUGCUGCCGAGCACGGGCUUCGCCUAUUCGUCCCCAGCACGAUAGGAGCUUUUGGUCCCUCGUCUCCCAGAAACCCCACACCAGAUCUUUGCAUCCAGAGGCCUAGAACAAUCUAUGGUGUUUCCAAAGUCCAUGCAGAACUCAUGGGAGAGUAUUACCACUACAGAUAUGGACUGGACUUCCGGUGUCUCAGAUAUCCUGGCAUCAUCUCUGCCGAUUCCCAACCAGGAGGAGGAACGACAGAUUACGCAGUCCAAAUAUUCCAUGAUGCCAUUAAGUCUGGGCGCUUUGAAUGUAACUUGAAACCUGACACCCGUCUUCCCAUGAUGUAUAUUGAGGAUUGCCUCCGAGCUACAGUGGAGGUUUUGGAAGCUCCGGCAGAGUCACUUUCUAUGAGGACUUACAAUAUCAAUGCCAUGAGCUUUACCCCUGAGGAGCUGACAAAGGAGGUUCGAAAACACAUGCCAGAGCUUGAAGUUAUUUACACAACCGACGCCGUAAGACAGGCUAUUGCGGACAGCUGGCCAAUGAACUUCGAUGAUUCUAAUGCUCGCAAGGAUUGGGGAUGGAAGCAUGAAUAUGACCUUCCUGAGCUGGUAACAACUAUGCUCAACCACUUAAACUCUGAAACCCUUGCUGUCCAGGCAAGCUAAACCCAUCUGCAUCAAAGAGUUCCGGUAACAGGACAACGGAAAUGUCUCAAUGCUGUUACAGCUGGAGUGAGCCAACAUACAAGCCACCAUUUAAAAUGCUCAUUAGUGAAUAAAGCAAAGAACUUUGUUAAUGGGGAUAACAUUGCUUGUCAAUGAGGUUGUCAUACAAACCAGUAUCACAUUACUUGAAAAUGUGUUUUUGUACAGUUAGGAAAAUAUUCUGUAUAGUGCUAUAGACCAUUUAUUAAAAAAAAAUAUAUAUAUAUUGGGGACGUGAUAUUAAAUCUUGCUUCUAAACUAUAUUUUCAGAUGUGAAAUAAUCUUGCUAGACCUAUACUAAAUACAGGUUACAUGGCUAGUCAAACCGUAAUACAAUUCUGCAAAUCUCCUUCUACCAAGUCGUAGAAGCCUGACACUUACCUGGUCUUGGGACUUGAAAAUCAAUUUAGUGCACCUAUGGUAAUUACUGAUCUGCUAAUACAGAGCUAGAAUUAAUUGUGUAGCUUAAUUCCAUUCUCCUAAUUGUUAAUCAGAAUUGUAAAGUAUUUGUGAUGAACAGUAUUUAAGGGGAACUCGGUUACCAACAGGCGGAGAGUCAAGACCUCCAAUACCCUUUGGAAACAACAAAGCGACAAGGACUUUUUCCAACUGGAGAGUUUCUGCUGAUAAACUUAUCUCAGUUUUCCAAUGCUGAUUAUGAAUACCACAUGAAAUCUUUUAAAUCCAUUAAAAGGUGGCAUUGUGAGAUUCCAUGUUUUACAUUUUACUAUCACUUUUGGGUAUAUCGGUUUUAAGUUUUUAUGUUUUCAUUUAGAGACCGUAUAAUUCAAAAACUACAAAAAUUGGUUUACGUACAUCUUAUU